AUGCUCAUAUGUAACGACCUAUCCUUUUCUCUAGUGGCAUACUAUUAUCGCGAUCGAAUAUUGCCGAAAAUACCAUAUUUUAAGAACCGAUAUCAGCGCGUUCCGGCUUACUUUUCUACUUCAUCUUUCCAACAAGAUAUCGAUGAUGGACUUACUUCAGAAGCGUUUGACUUACAACAGAAUGUUGAGGAUGGUGACUCUCGUGCCGGGUUGGAGAAUUCUGAGGAAAUAAAACGCAUUAUGGAGGAGGAAGGCGUAAACUUUGACCAAGCAAGAUUAAUCAGACAACAAAGGAAGUUUAAGUCAAGCAAUAUUGACCCAUUAACGGGAAUUCCAAAGGACCCAAAAUUUGUGUCCUUCUAA